GGCGCAUUUGACCCGUCGGUCUUCCCCAAGCUCCCAUUCCGCUUCGACACGGGCAUCGGCCUUUUCGCCAAGCGCACCCCGCGCCCGUUCCCGCCGCCCUUCCUCUCGCCGCCGUCGGGCUCCUUCAGCGACCCCCUCAGCACCCACAACCGCAGCCGCGACCGCCGCGCUGCCUACGUGGACGGCAAGCUGAUCCAGGGCUUCACCAACGGGGACGACGCCGUCUUUGCGAGCGACUACUUUAUCUGCGCCAACGACGGCGUCGGCGCGUGGAGCACACGGCCGAGGGGGCAUGCUGGCUUAUGGUCGCGACUUAUCCUGCAUUUCUGGGUCACGGUCAUCUUCGAGGACGCGGCGCGCCAGUACGACACGUAUCAACCGGACCCGGUCGGUUACCUGCAGCGCGCGUACGACCAGACGAUCGAGGCAACUAGCGCCCCCAACGACUGGCUCGGCACGACGACCGUGGCCGGCGCGCAGCUGCACUACCGCCAGCGACGUGGUAUUCAAGCUGAAGUGCCUGGCAAGGAGCAACAGCAGCAAAGUACUACUAGCAACUAUAGGAUUGACGAUGGUGUUGGCAGCAGCGACGGCGAGGUGGUCGAGCCACUGCUGUACGUAACCAACCUGGGCGACUCCCAAGUCAUGGUGGUCCGCCCGUCGACUCGCGAGCUCGUUUUCAAGUCGACGGAACAGUGGCACUGGUUCGACUGCCCGCGGCAGCUAGGCACCAACAGUCCGGACACGCCGUUGAAGACGGCUGUCUUAGACGAGGUGCCGAUCCGCGAGGGCGACAUUGUGCUGGCCAUGUCGGACGGCGUCAUCGACAACCUAUGGUCCCACGAGAUCGUUGACAAGGUCAGCGAGAGCUUAGAGCAGUGGCAGACCGGACAGGUCAAGGGCCGCGGUGGCGUCGACGAAAACGCCAUGCAAUACGUGGCUGAGGAGCUGAUGGAGGCCGCCAAAGUCAUUGCCUUGGACCCCUUCGCCGAGAGCCCGUUUAUGGAGCGCGGUAUCGAAGAGGGCCUGGCGAGCGAGGGUGGGAAGCUGGACGACAUUAGUGUUGUCGCUGCGCUAUGCAGGAAGAAU